AUGAGGCCCGCCUACUUCCUCGUCGCGCUCGCGCCUGCCGCCCUGGCCGAGCCGCAGCCGCGCGCCAACAACCUCGCCUCCGACCUCGCGCACCGCUCGGCCGUCGCAUCAAUACCGGAAUACGUUGUGGGGGAACAUCUCGUGCCCAUCGCUGACUCGUUCGACUCGACAAUCACCCGCCGUGCCGCGAGACAUGUCCUCCAGGCGCGUAGUGAGGGUUCUCUCGGCCAAACACCGUGGAUCGGGAUGGCCAUUGGCCUCACUUGCACUGCUUUCGCCGCAGUCAUGCUGGGCUAG